AUGGAUUAUUCGGAAUAUCUGGAGACAGCUAUAAUUGCAGCCAAAGCUGGGGGGAAGGUGAUCGUCGAUGCUUGGGAAUUGCCCCGUGUAUUCAAGACUAAACUGGUGGAACAAGACCUAGUCACUUUAAGCGACGUGGAAGUUGAAAAGAUCGUCAAGAAGAUACUCUUGUCAAAAUACCCUCAUCAUGGAUUCAUUGGGGAAGAAGAAGCCUCAGCUUCUGAAUCUUCACGUAGAUCUUCAAAGUAUACUUGGAUUGUGGAUCCGAUUGACGGAACUACAAACUUCUAUCAUGGCUUCCCAUUCGUUUGUGUAUGCAUCGCUCUGGCUAUAGACUCCAAACCAGUUGUGGGCGUGGUAUUCAAUCCAAUCUUGAAUGAGCUAUACACUGGUGUCGUCGGAAUCGGUUCCUUCUUGAAUGGCAGAUCGCUACCACUCAGCAAACGAGAUUGGCAAUCUCUCGCUCAGGCUCUUGUCAUUACAGAGUUUGGAUCAGACAGAUCGAUAGGCACUACGAAUGCAAAGAAUGAUACGUUAAAGGACUUGCUGAUUAAGGAAAAGUUCCGUGGUGUGAGAUGUUUAGGCUCAGCAGCUCUAAAUCUAUGUAAUGUCGCUAAAGGUGCUGCUGAUGUCUACUAUGAGGCUGGAUUACGAGUUUGGGAUAUUGCAGCUGCGGGCUGCAUACUGUGUUGCGCUGGAGGGAGUGUCUAUAACUGGCAUCCAGAAAACAAGAACGAUGAAAUUGACUAUUUUGUCAAUUCCAUGAUUGGUGUACGGCCUCUACCAAACCAAUCUCAAGCGACAAAAAUUGUUGCUGAUAUCAGAGCUUGUUUGAAACCUAUAAAUAUUGGAAGGGAUCACAAGUUGUGA